UGGACCUGCUGGCUAGAGGACCCACACUCAGGGUGGCCUUCACUGGGCGUCUGUCUACCCACCCCAGCCUCUUGCUCAGUGAUGUCAAGGGUUUUUACCUUCUACUCCCUUCUUACCUGUGUUUUAGAACAAGUGGAUCAGAUAGUCCCAGGCUGCCUGGGUUCCUAGGUGCUGAGAAGGUUAAAGGUUGUUAGACACAUGAGCAAGGGACAGGAGGCUGCUGGGACUGGGAUCCUGGGCUAGUCCUGCCUGCUGAGCAUCUUCUCUGGGCACUAUGGAGGUUAGCCAGGUACGCUCAGAGUCUUAGAGACUGCCAUUUCUCCCUGCCACCCUACUUCUCUGGAAGGAGAAGCAGGCCUCUGCCUCAGCCUGGACCAUGGAGGCAGUGCCUCCAACCCCUAACCAGGAAAGACUGACAGAUCACCUCUUUCAACCCCACAGAUCCUUCCAGCCCUGGGGUGUUGAAUCUAGUCAUCUUCCAUCCAGAUCUACUCUAGGGUGGCUGGCACAAAGAUCUCCCCUACACCUGGCCCAGGCUGAGGGCAGACGACUUGUGAAGCCCCUUCCACCUUCUGCCUUUGGCCUCUGAUCCCACUUCCUCCAGAAUCAGUUCUGGGAUGGCCGCCCUCUGCUCCCGAAACUCCCUCAGGCACCUGAGUCACCUGCAGGCUUUGGCUUCUGAGUUCUGUCAGGCUCCACGGCCCUGGCCCCACUGGCCUGAAGGGCAAGUGGGAGGGGAAGGACCUGUGUUGUGGAGUUGCCAUGGGUUGCUGGAGCAAACACUCCUCUCUCCAAGGAUCCCUCCCUCCAGUCCAGCUCUGGCUUAACCUGAGAGACCUGUUACUGUGAGCAUGUGCUGUGCGUGGGGUCAUCAGGGAGAGUGGCCGACAGGGUCUUGCAGCUCAGAGGCAAACUUCCUAAGCGCAGGCGACAGAGGGGCAGAUGUAGAGCAAGGCUAUGGUCAGAAAGGCUUCGUCCUACCCCAGGGCGCUUGAGCCAGGGCCCGUUUUCUCCCCUUGUGGAGACUGGCCAUUAUGAACAAGUCACAGAGGCCUAGGACAGGGGGAGAUCUUGAGGAUGCGGGGGUGGUGGCUCAGGAAUCCAGGGUCUGGGCCCACAGGAAGGAACACGUCAUGGCUCUGUUGUCUCCCCGUCAGUCAGCCUCAACACGGACAAACAUUUCCGCUCCCGGCGCACAGUUAGGGUGGGGCUUGGAUGACUUCCUCAGUUCAGGGCUAUGUGCGGAGGAGGGGAGGUCCAUUAGCUCAGCUGAUAGGAACCAGGCCUUACAAAGUGGCAGUGACUCGGCGGUGAACACCGAGUCCAGCCUCGUGACCCUUGCUGACCCAAGUGUCCUGGGGCUUGUCCCUAGCUGGCUACGCCUCUUGUGUGCCCUAGUACCUAGAUUUCCCCAGAGGCUGUGACACCUCUGCCAGAGCUGACAACUCAUGUGACUCCCCCUCUGGCAGGGACGGGACUGUCCCCUCCCAAACAAGCCAGGUCUGGGCCCUGACCCAUCUAUAGGGGUGAGGAUUUUCCCUGUUGAGUGGGGGAUUCCCAGGCCUGGCUAAGCAGAUCCUGACCCUGUGUGCCUGUGGAGGAGGGAAGGGUUACAAGGGUAAGGAGUUUGAACUCUGAACCUAGGGCAGGCUUGGCUUCGGGGGCUAAGACCCUCAUACCGCGCUUAGUGCCUCUCUAAGGACUGAAGUUUUCCCUGGGCCUGCCCGGGAGAUGGGUGGAGUCUCUUCUCAGGCCAGCUCCAGUUUCCAUGGAAACCCACAGGCUUCCCACCCGGUGGCUGCCUGGGCAGACUCCCAGCCAGGGCCUCUUACGCCGCCGCCAGCCAGCCAGCCUCUUCCCAGGCCCAUAGGCCACUCCAGCCUCAGCUUCUCCCGGUCCCCUCCCUGUGUCUGUUCCUGUCCCUGAGCCUCUGGCCCCUGAUGCCUUCAGUAGCUUGGGCCCCUCCUGCUCCACUCCUAAACUUCAGCUUCUCAGCAAACAGGCCUCCCGAGUCCCUGCUUCUCCCUCUCGGGCCUUGCUAGCCUCACCAGCUCUAGGACCUGGCCAGGCCUCCCAGGCUCCCUCCUCCACCUCCACCCCUUCUCACCCAUGGAGCCCCUGGGACUGGUCGUGCAUGGGAAAGCUGAACCAUUUUCCGAAGCACUCCGAAGCCUCGUCAACAACCCACGAUACAGUGAUGUUUGCUUCGUGGUUGGUCAAGAACGGCAGGAGGUAUUUGCCCAUCGGUGCUUGUUGGCCUGUAGAUGCAACUUCUUCCAGCGACUUCUGGGCACAGAGCCAGGCCCCGGGGUGCCUAGUCCUGUGGUGCUAAGCACUGUGCCAACUGAGGCCUUCCUGGCAGUGCUGGAGUUCCUAUAUACCAACAGUGUCAAGCUUCACCGUCACUCUGUGCUAGAAGUGCUGACAGCGGCUGUGGAAUAUGGGCUGGAGGAACUGAGAGAGCUGUGCCUGCAGUUUGUGGUGAAGGUGCUGGAUGUGGAGUUGGUUUGUGAGGCCCUGCAGGUGGCCGUAACCUUCGGUCUGGGGCCGCUGCAGGAGCGCUGCGUGGCUUUCAUAGAGGCCCACAGCCAGGAGGCCCUCAGGUCCCAAGGCUUCCUGGAGCUGUCAGCGGCCGCGCUGCUGCCCCUGCUCCGCAGCGACAAGCUCUGCGUGGACGAGGCUGAACUGGUCCGCGCGGCCCGGAGUUGGGCGCGCGUGGGCGCGGCGGUGCUGGAGAGGCCGGUGGCCGAGGUGGCGGCCCCGGUGGUGAAAGAGCUGAGACUAGCCUUGCUGGCCCCGGCGGAGCUGAGCGCCCUGGAAGAGCAGAACCGGCAGGAACCACUCAUCCCGGUGCGGACGCGGGGAACCGGCCCAGCUCCACUCAGCAGGGGGCGGAGCAGAUUGUGGAGGCGUGGAAAUGCCAUGCCCUGCGGAGAGGGGAUGAGGCCCGGGGCGCCCCGUGUCGCCGCCGGAGAGGCACCCUGCCCCGGGAGCAUCACCGCUUUCUGGACCUAUCCUUUAAAUGAUCCAACGCCGGGACUCACGGGGAGCCUUGGACCCGCCCAGUUGAGCCUGCCCCAAACUACAGCUCCCGAAGUGCUCGGCGUUCGGAGCGGGCUUCCGUUCCCAGCGUGCCCAGUAAGCCGGGCGCCGGAAGAACCGUUGUCUGCCACGCGCAGCCUCUUGUGUGGGGUCAAACCCGAGUGGGCGAGGUGGGUCGGGGCCGGGUCGGGCAGGGCUUGGGCUGGGCCUCCCUGCGUGGGCGAAACUCGAAAACGAGGAUUUCCGUCGCUCCACGCCCUCACUCUACGCCCUGCGCCUGGGGGCAUUGUCGUCUACUAGUCUAUUCUGAUGACUCCCACAUAUCUAUCUGUUCAGCUCAACUCCUUCCUUCCUUCCUUCCUUUCUUUUCUCUCUCUCUCUCUCUGUCUUUGUCUUUUUCUUUCUCGCUCGCUCUCUCUUUCUUUCUUUUUUCUU